UUGCUGUGAAUGGGCUGUGAAUCGGCGGCGGAGGUGAAGAAGUGGUUGGUCUGGUCAUAGUGGAUGUGCUGUGGGUUGAGGUGUGGUUGUCUAUAAGUGACGGCCAUUUCAAUUGGAUGUCUUUCAUUUCACUCAUUCAGAGUGACAUUUGAUGACAGCCUGUGCUCCCUGUGCUCUACACAUCCAUUCACUAUACGUCGAAACACAAAAGCGUUGAGUUGUGUUUACAAGUGUUGAAGUCAUGGACCAUAACUCCGAUUCGUCCACAUCUGUGACCGAUGAGGAAGAGGAUGAAAAUGUAGUCAAAACAGAGAUUUAUGCGGAAUCGGCGCCAAAGAGUUCGCCCAAAAAAUGCAAUGAUAACGACAUAACGGAUGAGCCUAUAGUGGAAGAGGAGCCGACGGUUGCCGUCUCUAAACACCAGUUUGAAGAGGACAAGAAAGCCGUGUAUAAGCACCCACUCUUCCCGUUGUUGGCCUUGUUGUUGGAGAAGUGCGAGAGCAUGACCUCAACGCUCAACACACAGACAUCCAAUUCAACCAAUUCUUCGUUUAACGCGGAAAUCCUUGCGUUUGUUGAACACCAACAGAGAGACGGCAAACCAUUUCUCAGCGAUGACCCCGAAGUGGACACUCUUAUGAUAAAAGCCAUACAAGUGCUUAGAAUUCAUUUAUUAGAGUUGGAAAAAGUGUCGGAAUUAGCAAAAGACUUUUGUCAGCGAUAUAUUACUUGUUUGCGCACAAAAAUGAGUUCUGAGAACUUAUUGAGGGGCACCUCCUGUGUGGGGGUCAACUCCGGCAACGAUUCGAGUGCCAAUUCAUUAUUCGAUGGCUCCUCAUGUUCUUCGGACGCAGAGUCCGAUGACUUCCCUCUGACCUCCCCAUCGACCACAACAUUCGCCUCAAAUCCAACGCCUCAGACAGUGUACCAAAUGGUUCAGACGGCACAGGGAUUAGUCGCACAACCCAUUCAAAUGAACUCAAGUCAGCAGCAAAUUCAUGGCUCGACUCCCAUCUCACAAAUCGGCACAAAUCAUAAGAAUUCAAACAAUAAACACAAUACUAAUCUAAACCAUAAGUCACAUCAUAUGAAUCGAGGAGAUAGUAGUAAUGAUGACGACAUGAGCGACGACUUGGGAUCCAAUCACAGCAAUGGCAGCAAAAAGAAGCAGCAGAAGAGGGGUGUGUUGCCAAAACAGGCCACUUCUAUCAUGAGGUCCUGGCUCUUCCAACACAUUGUGCACCCGUACCCGACGGAGGACGAGAAGCGGGCGAUAGCGUCGCAAACGAAUCUCACAUUACUUCAGGUGAACAAUUGGUUCAUAAACGCGCGCCGGAGGAUACUUCAGCCCAUGUUAGACACGGCCAACUCGAUGGGCGACACUCAGAGCAACUCCAGUCAGAGCACAUCCAAGAGUGCGGCCAAGAGUUCUGCCUCCAAGAAGUUGAAGACAAGUAAUUCUAUGCAACGGUUUUGGCCCCAAUCGAUAGCUAAUGCAAUACAAGGUCUCUCUCAAAGCGAAUCAACCAAAUGAGGGCUCGGAAUGCCUUUAAUUUCGAAACAUUAAGUUAUAGUCAAUAUAAAAGCCAUUAUUUUCAAUGUAUAUAAGAGUCGAUAAAAAUAACAUUAACUUAAUAUCAAUCAAUUGAUUCACACUUCUCUUGCAUUUAUACGCAAAACAAUUGCAGACUUUAAAGAAUAUUAAUUUUUUGUUUUCACUCAAACUCGUAAACCCGACGGCAAUAAAGUGUGAAAUUUAGACUUAAACUUAAAUCCUAUUUAAGCAAUCAUUGACUAAAUUCUGUUAUCAAAUCAUUUAAAAUCAUAUAAACUAUAAUUAAGUCAAUACUCAUACGCAAAACAACCUAUUUAUCACUCACUCUAUUGUUUUAUUUUAUAUACAGUAUAUUAUAAUUUUAUUUUUUAUUUCCCAAUUCAUUACAAAAUACCAUAAAUUCAUUUUCGGACUUAAUCCUAAUCGCGU